UUAAUCUUGGACCCUUGGUCUCAAAUGAGGAGAGACUUUCACCCGGCAGCUCAGACUACUUUCACCCGGUAGCUCAGACCAGUAGACUCCUCUAUUUUGCUCUCCCACACAUCCUUAAAAAAGCUUUGCAAUGUCCAGUGCCCAAUGCUAAUCUCCAAACCCUCAAAGCUUCCCCCAAUAUCUUCUCUCACCCAUCUUCUUCGAACUCUCUCAUCCAUUGCUGUUCCAUCUCACAACCACAUAUCACAUCUUCUACUCGAACAAAAAUCAGCCACCCAGGUCCUCGACACCUUCCAAUGGGCCUCCAAACUCCCCAGCUUCACCCACUCCCCGUCCACUUACCGAGCCCUCAUCCACAGGCUAUGCACCUUUCGCCGCUUCGACAUUGCCCACCAACUGCUCGACGAAAUGCCCCACUCAAUCGGCCUACCCCCAGAUGACCACAUUUUCGUCACACUCAUUCACGGCCUCGGCCGAGCCCAUUUGGUGAAGCAAGUGAUCAAGGUGCUUGACUUGGUUCGCAGGUAUAACCAGAAACCUUCUCUCAAGAUAUUCAAUUCGAUACUUGAUGUUCUUGUGAAGGAGGAUAUAGAUAUAGCUAGGGAGUUUUAUAGGAAGAAGAUGGUGGCAAGUGGCGUCAAGGGUGAUGGUUAUACUUUUGGUAUCUUGAUGAAAGGUCUUUGUUUGACGAAUCGAAUUGGUGAUGGGUUUAAGCUUUUGCAAGCUGUUAAGUCGAGGGGAGUUGCGCCGAAUACUGUGGUUUAUAACACAUUGCUGCAUGCACUUUGCAGGAAUGGGAAAGUUGGGAGAGCAAGAAGCUUGAUGAAUGAGAUGGAACAUCCCAAUGAUGUGACUUUUAAUAUUUUGAUAUCUGGUUAUUGCGGAGAAGAGAAUUUAGUGCAGGCGCUUGUUAUGUUAGAGAAGUGCUUUGGUCUGGGGUAUGUGCCUGAUGUUGUCACGACAACCAAGGUGUUGGAAAUUCUGUGCAAUGAUGGUCGCGUAAUGGAGGCUGUCAGGGUUAUAGAGAGAGUGGAGAGCAAUGGAGGGUUGGUUGAUGUUGUGGCAUAUAAUACCUUGAUUAAGGGUUACUGUCGGUUAGGGAAAGCAAAACUUGGUCUUCGCAUUUUGAAGGAGAUAGAGAGAAAAGGGUGUCUUCCAAAUGUCGAUACCUACAAUGUCUUGAUCUUGGGUUUUUGUGAGUCUGGGAUGUUGGAUAAAGCUCUUGAUCUGUUUAAUGAUAUGAAAACAGAUGGCAUCAAUUGGAAUUUUGCUACAUAUGAUACGUUAAUAAGAGGCUUGUGUUCAGGAGGAAGAACUGAAGAUGGGUUAAAAAUUUUGGAUUUGAUGAAUGAGAGCAAAGAUGGUUGUAGGGGUCGAAUAGGUCCUUUUAAUAGUGUCUUGUAUGGCAUGUAUAAGGAAAAACGUUUGGACGAAGCACUUGAGUUUCUUGCCAAUAUGGAUAAACUAUUUCCCAGAGCUGUUGAUAGGAGCUUUAGGAUUUUAGGUUUCUGUGAGGAGGGUGCCACUGAGAAUGCAAAGAAGGUCUAUGAUCAGAUGAUUGUGGAAAGGGCAGUCCCAUGUGUUUUGAUUUAUGACUAUCUAAUCCAUAUAUUUUGCCAACAAGGGUGUGUUCGUCAAGCCUUUGAGCUUAUGAAUGAGAUGAUUGCUCAUUGUUACUUUCCUGUUUCAUCGACUUUCAAUGUUCUGAUUAACGGGUUUUGUGAGCAAGGAAAAGUUGGUAGUGCGCUAAAGCUCCUCGAUGAGAUGAUUGGUAGAGGUUGUUUACCUGAUAUAGAAAGUUAUAGUCAUUUGGUAGGUGCUUUUUGCCAGAAGGGGGAUUUUCAGAAAGCUUUAAAACUCGUUUUGCAAAUGGUAGGAAAGGGUAUCACUCCUGAUUAUUUCACAUGGAACUCGUUGCUUCUUUGUUCAAGUCGAGAGACUGUAUGGUUAAACAGCAAAAGUAUGUUUUAUGUGAACAAUCAAUUACGCUGUAUUAUUGAGGCUUAACUACAUUCCAGGGUUAAUAGUACUGAAUGAAAUAUCCUGUUUCACAGUACUAUUGAGAGGUCACUCACUAUGUUCAGGUCUGUGGCUCAGUCCCUUUCUUAUCCCAAUACUGGUAUGCAUCUCUUUGUGAGUCCAAACCAAGCCCAUGUCAUCUCACUUGUCCACCACUUGUCGCAGAUUCCUCCACUUUGCUGAGUGCAGAUGGUGGCCAAUCAAAACUUUUAGUUAAAACAGUUCUGUGUGAGUAGCUCAUAAGGAGCUCAUAGGUGGCCAAUCAAAAAUGUCUAUUGUCAAACAAGUUGCUUACAUGUCAAAGAAAUAAAAAGCUAUGAGCUGAAAAGUUGCUCAAAAUUUAGCUGAGGUUUAAAUUUUUGUUCAAGUUUUCAUAUAUUUGACAUAGUAAAUGGGACUAUGGGGGUCAUCACCAAAGUUUGUAAAAGAUGAAAGAGCAGAUAUCUUCGACUCCCCUUAAUAGUUAUUUUUCUCUUUUUAGAGGGCAAGUGGAGUGUUAAGUGUUGCCUUAUAUAUAAGAGUUCACCAUUCAUUAGUAUAAAUUAUGAAUCUUUAACAGGCAUUGAGCCCUUGUUAGAUGAAACUAAUUUGUUAUAGUUGUCAAGUUUUAUCUUUGGUGGACUCAUUGUGCUAUGUUUUUCUUGUGUUUUCAAAAGAUGUUUCUUUCAAACAAAAAAAAAAGGUCAUUUCCUAAAGCUUCCAUUUGAACCAAAUAAAUAAAAAAGGUUGAAUAAUUAAAGGUUUUCAAAGAAAAUGACAAGUAUCAGUAUUAUAUUAACCACUCUCUUUUAAUUCAUUAACUUUGAACUCAUUCAAUUUAAUGAUGAGGUGGCUAUAUCCAGUGCUUUGAUUGUGGUUGAUGUUGCUGCAUUUUGUUUGUGGUGUGCAGUCCUCAUUGCUAAACCCACUGAUUAUGGCAGCCAAGGUACAGCUUUUGGAACUGGUUCAAUAAUUUUGCCCUAUAUAGAACAUUGACAGUACUAAACUCUAGUGAAAUACCUAGUUGGACGAGUCUCCUUCAUCGUGUUGGACCGAUUAGUGUUCAAGUUUGUCUUCAGUUAGUCUCCAUGCUAUCUGAUCCACAGUUUCAAGAUGGUGCAACAAAAGAUAGCCAUUACAUUUCUAGUAAACCUGUCAGAAGUAGAGGUGCUUGCUCAGGAAGGCAAGUCAAUAACUAGAAAUUCCUUUCCAUAUUUUUGUGGUUAGGAUGUUACUGCUCGUUUCCUUGGUCAGCAUUGUUUUCACCCAUGUGGCUGGAAUUUACAUGCUUCUCGUGUGGUCUGCAUUGCUCAUUGCCUUGUUUGUGACAUACUGGUAAUUCCCUUGGGGGCUCGUUUGGGCAGUAUGGGUUAUAUCCUUUCCAUGCGUCUGCCAAAUGCUGGAAGGAAAAUUCUAGCACAUAUCUGCUUGGCAUCUUCCAUCCCUUUUCAGCAAUUCUUCUGCUUGUAUCACUGGAUCCAUCAACGUCUAUCAUCAUUUGCUCAUAAUGGGAUUCUUAAUAUCUUGGAAUGAUCACACUACAAACAACUGAACAAAUUUUGCAGCUCAGCUUUUGCAGAGGUAGUUCUUGAGAGACCCCAAAAGAAAUGUGUAUGUUUUGGACAGAUGUUUCCGUUCCAUACUUGCAGCAUUUGCUUCCCCGGUAGUUGGAAUAUUGGCUCAGUCGUGUAGUUAUAAACAAGGGAUGCUCCUCAAGAGUGGGAUCUGAUGGGAGCUGUAAUAGAACCAGAAAGCAAUGUAAUUAGAAAUUUCAUCUGCAGGAGAAGAUCAUUCUUGUGUUCGGCUUCCUGAAUCACAAGUGAAGACAUACAUGUCAAUGAUAGAAUUGCCAUUUGAAAUUGACGAGAUGAACAUAAAUUUCUGUUCAUUCUGCAGACUUGUGUACUCUCUUGUUGCCUAAGUUUGACGGAGACUUAGCAGUAUCUGGAUUGUUCACCGACAGCAGAAUUUGUACUGUGUUACUGUACCAAUAGAUAAAUCUAACACUCCAUAUUCAACACUUCAUCAUUAUUACUGUUACCUUGAUAGAAUUUAGAAGUGAGUGGUUCUUCCACGAUCCA